CUUUCUCUCUCCUAAUCCCAAUCAUACACUAACUUUUUGCUUUCUAAUAAAUCUCAUGUCUAAGCACAACUAUAGCACAAAAACAAUCCCUCCUCUUUCUCCUUCUUUUUCUCUCUAACAGAGGGAAAUAAGCAAAAACAGAAAAAAAGAAAAAUGGUUCUGGUAUCAAAACAUGGGAGUGGGGGAGGAGAAGAUGAUGCUGCAGUAGAUUUUUGGGGAAACCCAGUGGACAAAUCAAAAAGAGGAGGAUGGCUUGCAGCAGGGCUCAUCUUAGGAACUGAACUCUCUGAAAGGAUAUGUGUGAUGGGAAUAUCAAUGAACUUAGUUACAUAUCUAGUUGGAGAUUUGCAUCUUACUUCAGCCAAAUCUGCAACUAUUGUGACUAAUUUUCUUGGUGCUCUUAAUCUUCUUGGCCUUCUUGGUGGCUUCUUAGCAGAUGCCAAGCUGGGAAGGUACCUCACAGUUGCAAGCUUUGCUUCUAUAACUGCUGUGGGUGUUAUAUUGUUGACAUUGGCCACAACCAUCCCUGGUAUGAGACCCCCUCAAUGUGAUUACUCCACAAGACAACUUCAUCAAUGCAUUGAAGCUAAUGGUGGGCAACUUGCCAUGCUCUAUGCUGCACUUUAUACUAUAGCACUUGGUGGAGGGGGGAUAAAAUCGAACGUUUCAGGAUUUGGGUCUGAUCAAUUCGACACUAAUGAUCCGAAGGAAGAGAAGGCCAUGAUAUUCUUCUUCAAUAGGUUCUACUUUGCGAUAAGCAUCGGGUCGUUGUUUUCCGUCACUGUGUUGGUUUAUGUACAAGACCAUGUGGGGAGAGGAUGGGGAUAUGGAAUCUCAGGAGGGACCAUGGUGAUUGCUGUAAUUGUACUGCUUUGUGGGACAUACUUUUACCGGUUUAAAAAGCCUAGAGGAAGCCCUCUAACAGUGAUAUGGAGAGUGGUGCUUUUGGCUUGGAAGAAGAGAAGUCUCCCUCACGCAGCUCAUCCAAGCUUCUUAAAUGACUACCAAAAUGCCAAGGUUCCAUACACCUACAAAUUCAAGUGUCUUGACAAGGCUGCAAUUCUAGACGAGUAUGCUGUCACUGAUCCAAACAAUCCAUGGAUAGUCUCUACAGUCACUGAAAUUGAAGAAGUGAAAAUGGUGUUGAAGCUCAUACCCAUUUGGUCCACUGGCAUCCUCUUCUGGACAAUCUACUCACAGAUGACUACAUUCACAGUAGUACAAGCAUCCUUUAUGGAAAGAAAUGUUGGCAGUUUUGAGAUUCCUGCCGGUUCUAUGUCAGCCUUUCUGUUCAUCACCAUCCUGCUCGUCACUUCAUUGAAUGAGAAACUAUUCAUACCCAUUGCUCGGAAGCUGACUCACAAUGUCCAAGGUCUCACAAGCCUUCAGAGGAUUGGGAUUGGACUGUUUUUCUCAAUUUUUGGCAUGGUGGCUGCUGGAGUUGUUGAGAAAGAGAGGAAGACCUUCGCAGUCGAGCAAAAUACUCGUAUAAGUGCUUUCUGGUUAAUACCUCAGUUCUUCUUGGUUGGUGCUGGAGAAGCAUUUGCAUAUGUCGGACAACUCGAGUUUUUCAUCAGAGAAGCACCGGAACGAAUGAAAUCCAUGAGCACAGGACUUUUUCUUAGCACUCUUUCCAUGGGAUUUUUUGUCAGUAGUUUGUUGGUAACAAUUGUAGAUAAAGUAACCAACAAGCAAUGGCUGAGAAAUAAUCUCAACAAGGGAGACUUAAACUACUUCUAUUGGCUACUCGCAGUGUUAGGCCUGCUAAACUUUUUCUUUUUUCUUCUCCUUGCCCGGAAACAUCAAUAUAAAGACCAGCAUUAUGUCAGCUCCAAAGACAACAAUGAGGAGCUCAAGACUUCAAAUGACAUGAUCGCACUUGAAAUGGAGGGGUCAAUAAGCAUUAAGGCAACAGAAACUUAAGAGUGUGUGCUUCAAGGUGUCCCUUUUAGAACUCAAGGACACGGUUGUACAAUAUAUAGAAGAGAUCUUGCUCAAGUAAGAUCGUUGCUUCAAGGUGCCCCUUUUAUAAGCUUAAAAUCCUGCAUGUACGUUUGAAUAUCUCAAAGCCUGUAGCUACAACCAUCUUAUGCUUUUAGCAUUAAUGAGCAGAUAAGCCACUGCCAUUGUCUUCCCCUAGGUUUUAUAUGAUCUAAAUCAUUUAGCAUAUUUCAAAUAA